AUUUAUUUGCCAUGAAUUAAGUUUAUGAUAUUUAAUGAAAUGACCAUGCCCCAGUCAGUGAAAGUGUCUUCCCUACCCCUAGACCUAGAGGGUUAAGUCACUAACUGUAGAUCAGUGAACCAGCACUGUCUUACUAAUGUUAAUUUGACGAAUUUGCUAGAAGAAAAUGUAUUUAAGAGUGUCAGUGAACAUUUGAGUGCUGGUGCUAUGUUGCUAGACCUGACAGACGCUAGCUAGCACACUAAAACCAAUAGCAUUUGCUCAGCUAAAAACAGCAGGUGGACCAAUGUUGCCCUCAUUUCAAACCAAAUAAACAGAACUAUUUUACAGUAUAGUCAUAGCUUAGAAUGUGUCCAUUGUUUGUGUACAAGUGCAGAGGUGUGUUUUCUUCUUAUACUUGUAUGUCUUGAGCUUCAGUAUACUUGUGAGAGGCCUUUCUAUGGGCAGUGCAAUGUACAGGGUUUUACCUUUUGUUAAUACACAGGCAUUUUUGGUUCUUGAAAUGUCCCACUGAAACUGUUUUGUGCAUUUUGGGACUCUCUGUGUGAUGGUAUGUUAGUGUGUCAACCGCAAUAGAAAAAGCAGUUUUACAACACAAAAGAUCGGAUGUUUUUUAUGCUAUACAAUAUGUUGCCAUUUUUUUUUUCUUUUUUUAAAGUCUUUCUAGUACCAGUAAGAUGAUUUGCUGUGAUUGAAUAUGAAUCAACACCAUACAUUUCUCUUUUCUAACUUGUAGGUACUUGGAGUACAAGGCCAGAGGAUCACACACACAGGCAGACUGCACACAACCCACAAUAUCUUCAUUUUCCCAGAAAGUGCAGUUAUAUGCCCAACAUUCGCCAAGGCAGCAGGCUAUUACAGAUGCCAUCCUGCAUGAUCUGGUCAUCGGUUGCUGCCUACCCCUGUCUCUGGUUGAAAAUCCCCAUUUCAGACACUUUUUACAAGUUCUGGACUGCAAAUACACACCAGUGUCCAGAAGAACCCUGACCGAGAAACUUAUACCAGAGUCAGUGAAGAAGGUUAAAGCAAACAUCAUCGAAGAGUUGAAGGCUCAGUCAAGUGUGGCAGUUACUGUGGACCUCUGGUCUGAUCGGAGGCUUCGUUCAUUCUUAGGAGUUACUGCUCACAUCUGCAUGAAAGACUCAAAGGGCUUCUACACUAUGCAGUCUUUUUUGCUGGACUGCAGACGUUUCACUGGUAAGCAUUGUGGAGAAAGAAUUGCUUCAGCUUUUGAGGAAAUUGUAGAGGAGUAUGGUAUUCGUCUAAAAGUAAGUUUUAUCAUCACUGACAAUGCAUCGAAUAUGAAGCGAGCUUUUAAGGUGUCCAUACCUCAAGACUCAGAGCACCCUGACAGCGAAGGUGAGGACUUAGAUGAUGAAAUGAUGUGGGAAGACAUUGAUGCAUUUGAGUCAGCUUCGCCAUGUUCAUCAAGUGAGCGUCUGUCUUGCUUUGCCCACUCACUCCAACUCGUUGUCAAUGAUGGCAUGAAGGAGCUUAAGGCUGUUUCCCGAGCAAUUGCUAAAGCCUCCAAGAUCACCUCACUAGUGCACAGCAGCUCACAGUAUAGAGACAAAUUUGAGGCUUGCUUUGGGACGAACAGGAGUAUCCCAGCAGCGAACACGACUCGCUGGAACAGCACCUUUAAGAAAAUUCAAGCUCUCACCGCUUUAGAACAUAAAGCCCUCACAGAAAUGUGCAGUGACAGUGACAAUCUUGUGUUUUCAGCACGUGAAUGGACUCAGCUUAAAGAGUUAUGUGCCAUUCUUGCGCUCUUCUCUGAGGCAACAGACAUGACUGAAGGGGGAAAGUCAGUAACCAUCAGCAUGGUGGUCCCAACAGUGCUUGAUCUUAAAACUCAUCUCAUCAAGAUGGAAAAUCGCAUGCAGACAAGUGCAAUUGCAAGAGCACUGCGCAUGUCCUUGGAGAAUAGAUUCUCAGGAAUCUUUGGGAGGAUAAACAUGGAAGAAGGCGAUAUUGACGAGCCAUUCAACCACCGUGUCUAUUUUUUGGCUACUAUCCUUGACCCGCAGUUUGGAUUAAGCUGGGUGGAUUUGGAUGUGAACAAUGGGGAAAGUGGGGCAUCUUUGAAGAGGUUCAGAGAUUAACUAAAAAAGUCAUUAACAGGUUAUUACUAUUAAUAUAUGUUGAUCUCAGAGGUGGAGGCCAUAAUGGACAGUGAAGCAACUGGCUCAGUGCCAGGCAGCGUGGAGGACCCAUCGGAUGAUUCACCGCCAGUGAAACAGCAGCGUCUACUGUCCCGUUACAAAACAUUCAAGCAACGUAACGUGGCCCAGGACUCUUCAAUUACCACACAGAUAAACAAAUACUUAGAUUACAUGAAUGACUGUGCAACUGAUGAUGCGCUUGUCUUUUGGGCCAAAAACCAUGAUCGGUUUCCUCAACUCCACAAUAUUGCUCUAAAGGUACUUUCUGUUCCAGCCUCCUCGGCACCAGUGGAGAGAGUUUUCAGUAGAGGGGGCAUUAUAAUGAGACCCCACCGUGCAUGUCUAGGUCACAAAAUUUUGCAAUCACUAGUGUUCCUAAAGUGCAACCAAACUCUCCUAUAAAUAUUGUGACAAGGCGGCACGUCAGGACUGGCUUCCAGGAGCUAUUGUGGUGAGUAUGAGUGGCCAGUUGGCUGUUUAUUGUGUUCUUGGGGACAUUAGAAGGAGGAGUAGAUGUUUGUGUAACUGUUGAUGUGUUUCUGUGUGGUUAUGUGUGUUACUUUGGUGUUUGAGCCCUUCUCGCCAUUCACCCUCCUCCAGAGAGUUAGCUGCCGGAGAGGAGUGAAUGGCGAGUGAGAGCUGCUGUGUUGGGUUGAGGAGCAGUACUGGAGCAUGUCAGUGGGGGGCACAGUACUCUUUGUAUGCAAGUCUGUUUUGAAGCUGCCAAAAGCUGAGAAAUAAAAAGAUGUUUGCUUGAA